GGGACAUCAUUGGACGUGGGGCCACUGCACUCCGGACAGUGGAGAGCGCCCCAACCCAAGACAAUCACAUGCUGAAGUUCAGCAAUUCAUUCCCGGUCUUGCCUGCCCAUUCCAGCAAGUGGGUGACGCAAAGACCGAGGGAUGGAGACGAAGGGCACACUCGAAUCUCAAGGAUUCCAAACAGGACAACAACCAGCGAAGCGUUGCGCGAACACUAGGCACACCCUGCAAGGACCUUCAACUGCAACGCUUCCUGUCACACGCCUAAUUGGCGAGAGGAUACUCAGCCCUGCCGAUUGUCCAGUGCUGUCAUCCAACCUCCGUCCCUGUGCGUUUCGCAUCUCUCCCGACGUCUCGACGAGCCCUCCUGGUUCUAGGGGACUUCCAAUGAUAGCCACGACGCAGCCAUAACCCCUGGCUCCGCAUCGACAGCCUCCUCCCGCCUUCGCCGUCACCAGCCGCCCACAAUGGCGCCGACUCAGUCGAAGCCAGUCGCCCCAAGCAGCGCUGCCGCACGCGCCCACACCAUCCGCGCCAUCGUCUCGCAGCUAACCUCCAUAUACCUGCGCAACCGCAACCGCAUCUCCCGCGCUGUUUACAUCGCCCUGUUCGUGGGCCUCGUCAACCGCAUCCGGAGUUUCAUCGUCGAUCAAAAACGGGCCUCAGCCCGCGAGGCAGCACAGCGCGCCGAAAACGGCGGCACCAGAUCCAUAUCCGAGGGAGAUGCUGCCGACAAGACGAAGAAGGUCGGCCUGAACCGCGAGUUCCUCCGCUCGCUGAUGAGGCUGCUGCGCAUCGUGCUGCCGGGAUGGAGGACCAAGGAGAUGGGCCUGCUCAUCAGCCACAGCUUCUUCCUGGUCCUGAGAACUCUAAUCAGCGUCAAAGUCGCGGCCAUGGACGGCGCCAUCGUCAAAGCCCUGGUCAAGGGGAACGGUCGUGAGUUCCUGGUGCGCAUCAUGUGGUGGAUGCUGCUUGCGCUACCCGCCACCUUUACCAACUCUAUGCUCGCAUACCAUCAAGCAGAGCUCGCGCUCAAGUACCGCACACGCUUGACCCAACACAUACACGACAAGUACCUGUCAAAAUUGACUUUCUACGGCCUUACAGCACUCGAUGACCGCAUCAAGAACCCCGACCAGUUGAUUGCCGUUGAUGUGACCAAGUUCUCCAGCAGUCUCGCUGAGCUCUACAGCAACCUCGCAAAGCCGCUCCUUGACAUGACCAUCUAUACAAUUCAGCUCUCCAGGAGCGUCGGCGGAGAGGGAGUUUUGUUCAUGUCGUUCCUUGUCCAGCUCUCGUCCUACGUAAUGCGAGCGCUGACCCCGCCUUUCGGCAAGUUCGUUGCCGACGAGACGAGGCUAGAAGGCGAGUACCGUUUCCAGCACUCGAGGUUGAUAGACCACAGCGAAGAAGUCGCCCUGUACGCGGGCCACGAGGCCGAGAAGGACACCCUUGACAAGGGCUACUUCACCAUGAUCAAAAUGAUCAACUACCACCUUAGGAGGCGCUUUUACCACGGCUUCAUGGAGGACUAUGUUGUCAAGUACUUCUGGGGCGCCCUGGGCCUGCUCCUCUGCAGUGUACCCGUGUUCGUCAAGCUCCCCGGCCACGUGGUGGCAAGCAUGGGCGACCGCACAGAGAGCUUUGUGACCAAUAGGAGGUUGCUGGUCUCGGCCUCGGACGCCUUUGGCCGCAUCACGGGCUCGUACCGAGAAGUCAUGGAACUCGCCGGCUACACGUCGCGCGUCUCGUCCUUGCUCCAGGUUAUGGACGACGUGCAAGCAGGGUGCUUCUCCAAGAAGCUCGUCUCGAGCUCCGGCACCGAGAGCAACGCCGCCGUGCUCAGGGGCCGCGGCAAGGUCAUCGAAAGCAAAGACAUCCAGUUCAUUGACGUCCCCAUCAUCUCCCCCAACGGCGACGUCUUGGUCCGCGCCCUCUCCUUCUCCCUCAAACAGGGCGACCACCUGCUCGUCGUCGGCCCCAACGGCUGCGGCAAAUCCUCCAUGUUCCGCAUCCUCGGCGGCCUCUGGCCCGUCUACGGCGGCACCGUCCACAAGCCCCCCUUUUCGGACAUCUUCUACAUCCCACAACGCCCCUACCUGUCCAAGGGCUCCCUCCGCCAGCAGGUCAUCUACCCGGACGGCGUGCGUACCAUGCAGGCCAAGGGCGUGACGGACGCGGACUUGCUCGCCAUCCUGCGCGCCCUGUCGCUCGAGCACCUCGUCGACGUCAGCCCGGACGGCUGGGACACCGAGACGGAGUGGCGCGAGGCCGUCUCGAGUGGCGUGCAGCAACGCCUGGCCAUGGCCCGGCUGUUCUACCACCGCCCGCGCUACGCCAUCCUCGACGAGUGCACCAGCAGCGUGCCGCUCGAGACGGAAAAAAUCAUGUACGACACGGCCAAGCAGCUGGGCAUCACGCUCAUGACGGUCAGCCACCGGCGCAGCCUGUGGAAGUACCACACGCACAUCUUACAAUUUGACGGGCAGGGGCAUUAUGUGUUUACGAAGCUGGAUGCGGACAGGAGGAUGAGGCUUGAGGAUGAGAAGGAGGAUCUCGAGGUGCUGCUGAGGGGCGUGCCUGAGAUUGAGAGGCGGAUUAAGGAGUUGAGUGCGGAGUAGGGCUCUGCUCUUGUCGCUGGUCGGGCUCUCGACUAGAAGCGGGAGUAGGAUGGGGAGGGAAAGAGGGCGUCUCAACGCUCAAGGAGGAGUGCGGGUUUGAUUGGAGAUGGGGAAGGACGGAGGUCAAAGAAUGAGAAAGUGCUACUGAAGACGGGUUGUGUGCUGUACCCCAAAUUCUAAGUUCUCCGGGAGUUGACGGGGCUGUGUGUAUUGAAUAUAUCGAAAGGGGUUCAGGGGUGUGGUGGACGGAUGCUAGUUGCGCUUGGAAUCGAGAAACUCUGGGAUUUCUUUUUUCUUUCUUUUUUUUUUUUUUUGGGUAGCAUCCUGUGUUAAG